AUGGAAGAUGGACAACAGUUGAAAGAGCUUGAGAAAGGUGUUACAGAGUUAAGGAAUACAAAAGCAGACUCGACAUGGAUAAAAGGAUAUGUAGAUGCAACAAAAGAACGUAUUUUCGCAUGGACAGAAGGAACAUACCCACAAAAAUAUCAUAGACAUAGCAUCUCUGACGUAAAUGAACUUGAAGAAAGGUUAUAUAAGAAAGCAGACAAAACAGAGCUUCAAACAUUAAAGAUUGAAAUACUUCAAACAGUAUAUCCUAUAGGUUCUAUUUAUACGUCAAUGAACUCUACCAGACCAGAAGUAGUACUUGGUUUUGGAACUUGGACUCAAAUAGUCGAAAGGUUUUUGUAUUGUGCAAACUCUUCAAAGGUAACAGGUGGAAGUAAAACGAUUUCAGGUGAAAACUUACCUGCACACAGUCACUACAUAAAUUUAACUACAGCUGAAGCAGGUUGGCAUAAGCAUAGAUAUUGGGAUUGGACAGGAAUGACAAAAGGUAAAGGAUAUGAUGUUAAAGACGACGUUAAGUUUGCUAUAAAUUGUUACUGGGAUGACACUCAGGGAGGAGGAAGCCAUACACAUCGCAUUACAGGAUAUUCGGAAACAACGGGACAGAGUAAAGACUACAUGCCACCUUACAUGACAGUUUACGCAUGGUAUAGAAAUGCUUAG